AUGUCUCACAGCAAGCGGAACACCUCCAGAAGCGUCUUCACAUCCUACGAACGCGACCUCGCAAAAGCUGCUUGGGCGUCCAGCACUGCGCGACUCACGCGCGAUUCAUACCUUCCAUUUGGGUCAUGCUAUCUCUGUCUCGAGAUAGCUCGUGAUCCGGUAUCCUGUUGUCGUGGCGAUAUAUUCUGCCGCGAAUGCGCCAUCUCCAACUUGCUCGCUCAAAAGAAGGAAAUCAAACGCUUGAUGCGCGCACGAGAGAAGGCGCAACAGGAACUACAGGAUGCUGUAGAUCGCGACGACGAGGAGGCACAGAAGCGCGCAGUCAAAGAUUUCGAAACGAUACAAGCUGGCCUGACACUUGCGCCGCAGCGGGUUGGGCCAGAGUCACCAGCAGAAGAUGAACACCAUUCCUCUGUACGAACUGGCAAGAGGAAGGCUGUUUUUGAUGAAGAGGAGGCAGAGAGGAUAGCGAACCAGGAUCGUGCUAAGGCGCGAAAAAUUAUCGACCAAGAGACUUCGAAAGACAAGAUGCCAUCGUUCUGGACGCCCUCCCAGACGCCCGGAACCAACCCUCUGGAGACAGCCGUGUGGCAGCAGAGGAACAACAAGGUGACGCCGGUAUGCCCAGCCUCCACUAAUGAUGCACAGCACCCCAUUUCUCUUAAGACACUCCAGCAGGUCAAGUUUUCAAAAGAGGAGCCUGAUGCCAGCGCUACCACGACUCCCAACCCUACGGAGCCCAAGUCCAUCUGUCCAUCCUGUAUGAGAACUCUUGGCAACGCGUCGCGGCCGAUGAUGGCCGACGCUUGUGGUCACGUAAUGUGCCGAAACUGUGUCACCAAGUUCAUUCAGCCUAGAAAGAUUGCUACUGCUGAUGCACCAGAUCAGGCCUGCUUCGUAUGCGACCGGCCCUUGGUUGCGAGCCCGGCUAGCUGCAAAGCCAGUGGUGCAGUAGUAGAGUUUCCGGGGCUUACAGAAUUGCGCUCGGACGGAACGGGCUUCUCGGCAAGGGGGUCGAAUAAGGUGGAAAAGAAUAGCGUUGCUUUCCAAUGUUGA